CACCAUCUCAUCUCGUACUCGUACAUCCACCGUUUCUUUCCUCCUUCUGACUGUCUCGCCAUCCCCGAGAAGCAGCACUGAUAUAUUUGACACUCAUUCUGUCUCCUCAAGAGAUCAAUGGGCGGUGCAACCACGCCGACAUCAGCCCGUCGAGAUCGGCAGGUAUUUCAGCCAUGGCCACCAUGACCGACGGCGUCAAACUGGUUUCCUCUUCCCGAGGGACCCAAGUUGUGGCAGACCUCGACCCAGAAACGGGCUACAUCACCAAUAUUGACGAUAUUAGAGAGGCAGAAUACCCGCAGCUGAAUGACACGACUUAUCUCGAUCAUGCCGGGACUUCACUGUAUGCAAAGUCCUUAAUCCAAAAGUACUCCGAGGACCUCACAGGGAGCUUGUUCGGCAAUCCGCAUUCCGCCUCAGCGUCGUCGCAACUGUCCUCUCGUCGAAUCGACGAUGCUCGGCUUCAAGUCUUGCGCUUCUUCAAUGCCGAUCCCGGCAAAUUCGACCUGGUCUUCGUUCCCAAUGCGACAGCAGCCAUCAAGCUUGUUGGAGAUGCAUUCCGAGACCAUCCAUCCGGGUUCAAUUACUAUUAUCAUGCUGAGGCUCACACUAGUCUAGUCGGGGUGAGGGAAUUGGCGACAGGGGAGACGACCUGCUUUGCCAACGACAGAGAAGUUGAGGCGUGGCUGGAGGAUUUGAAUAAUCAGCCUUCCAUCAUUAAUGAUCAGCUAUCCCUUUUUGCCUACCCCGCGCAAUCAAACAUGACAGGCCGCCGGCUGCCGUUGAAAUGGACUCGAAGGAUACGUGACGCCACAAAGAUUCCCGGUCUACCUUUGUACACUCUCCUCGACGCUGCCGCCCUGGUAUCGACGGCUCCCUUCGACCUUUCGGAUGAUUGCACCGCGCCCGACUUCACCGCAUUGAGCUUUUACAAGAUAUUUGGCUUUCCAGAUUUGGGAGCGCUGAUAGUCCGCAAGUCCUCGGGCGACGUCCUCCGACGGCGAAAGUACUUUGGCGGAGGAACGGUAGACUCGGUCGCGAUGUUGGGUGAAAGCUGGCACGCGAAAAAAUUCCCCUCGUUGCACAGUAGUCUCGAGGAUGGGACCGUGGCCUUCCACAGCAUCAUCGCACUGCAGGCGGCACUGGAUGUCCACAGGAGACUGUAUGGGUCAAUGGAGAAUGUCUCGAAGCAUGCAAAUUUCUUAGCUGCUACGCUCCGAGACCAGCUCCGCAACCUGCACCACGCCAACGGAAGCAAGGUCUGCGCCAUCCACUCUGAUGGGCUUGUGGACUCUGCCGCGCAGGGGCCAACGUUCGCUUUCAACCUAAAAGACAGCCGCGGGCGGUACAUCAGUAACUCGGAGGUAGAGAAGCUUGGCAUCGUGAAGAAUAUACAGUUCAGGACCGGCGGCCUUUGCAAUCCCGGCGGCAUCGCGCGCGACCUUGGGCUUUCUGCGGACGAGUUGCGGCAGAAUUACGCCGAAGGCCAACGGUGCGGAGACGAGAAUGACAUUAUCAACGGCAAACCGACGGGUGCGAUCCGGCUGAGUCUAGGUGCUAUGAGCAAUAUGAAGGAUGUCGUAACCUUCAUCGAUUUUAUCAAAGAGUUCUACGUGGACCACGGCAGACCAGUGCAGCAAGAGAGGCAUCCUUCAGGUGUUGGUCCGGCUCCGGCCCUGCCAGGUUUUGUGGUAGAGAGCCUGUCGGUCUUUCCCAUCAAAAGCUGCGCAGCAUAUAGAGUCCCCUGCGACGUUCUGUGGGAAGUGGGACCAAAAGGACUCGCCUGGGAUCGAGAAUGGUGUCUGGUCCACGAGGGCACCAACGUUGCGCUGAGUCAAAAGCGCUUCCCACGGAUGGCACUUAUUCGACCCGAGAUCGACCUGCAAAAAAGCGUCCUUCGAGUCUCAUUCGAAUCCGAGUGUUCGCAAAACAAGAAGACGCUCCACCUCAGUUUGGAUUCGAGCCUUAUGCGCGCUGGCACUAUUACCAAGUGUGAGCGCACGACCAACAGAUCAUCCAACGUCUGCGGCGAGAAUGUUGAAGUUCACGUCUACACUUCUCCCGAAGUGGUGGAGUUCUUCACUGAAGCGUUGGGCGUUCCCUGUACGCUUGCGAGGUUCCCUAAUGACGGCACCAUCAGACAGGCCAAAGUGAGAGUGCCUGGUUUGCAUCGUGGAAAGCAAGCCACCGAGGUCGGCAAAUCAAUCGCUUUGUCCAACGAAAGUCCCAUCUUGCUUGUUUCUCGUUCGAGCGUCAACCGCCUCAACGAGCAAAUCAAGCAGAAUGGCGGAAUCGGCAGGGCUGUCACAGCUGACUCUUUUCGAGGCAACAUAGUCAUCGCUGAGGACCUGGACCGGGGGCAAAUGGAGACCCCAUACAUCGAGGAUGAGUGGACAAGCCUACAGAUAGGAGAGGAUCCCGCGAACGUCUUUGAAGUCCUGGGGCCGUGCCAACGAUGUCAAAUGGUCUGUGUGGACCAGAAGAGUGCACAACGGAGGCAAGAGCCUUUUAGUACGUUGGCAAAAACGAGGCGCAAGGAGGGCCGAGUUUGGUUUGGCAUGCACAUGUGUUUGAAGCCGGGCGGCAUUGCGGAGGAGUUCUCACACUGGCUGCCCGUUAGCAUCAGGGUUGGAGAUCGGAUUACGCCAUGGACAGCAAGCUGAACGGGCGCCCGUUUCAAAGUGUUUGACAGAGUGGCUCCUGGAGUUCCUGGAUUGGGAUACCCUGUCCGAAGCCGCCCGAGAUAAACACAUCUCGGAUCUCGUCGUCUUUCCAAACUCAACCGGUCUAGCCCUACGGAGGUUUUCAAGCGAUGGGGCACAGUUUUCACAGAAGACCAACAGAACGGAGUAGAGUGGACCACGACCGGCGUAUCUGCCGUUUCUGGAUCAAAGGCACAAUUUGAAGGAUUUGGUGUGCUGUGGAACAGACAUGGGUCACUCUCCUCUAGCCAAACGACACGUCUGACAUAAUGGUGGCAGAGGUUAUGCUGAGCCCCUCCAUUGGAACCUUUCAGUAGGUUCAUUGUAACAAUAAUACUGCCGGAAUAGCAGCUGGUCUGAUCUGAGACCGGCCGUGACUUUUGAAAAACAUCA